AUGAAUGAAAUUGAUCAUACAACCAAUGAACAGCAAUUGUCUCACGGCAAUGCAAUUGUUGAGGAAAGUGAUAUACCGGGAUUCGCAUAUGACAGUGUAACUAAACGCUACUACAGAGUUCAACCACAGGCUAGUGGCCCCAACAUUGGAUUCCGUGAAAGCGAUUUAAGAGGCAAUCGGCAACACAAUUUAUUUAUGGCUAAACGUGAACAAUGUUGUUCCAAAUCUUGCCCUUCUGUUUUAUGGUUACCAAAAAUGAUACAACGGAGAGAAUUAUAUGGUAGCAGCGUGUCACGAUUUACACGUUUGGUUACUGAAGGAGCAUUGCGUGGCGUUCGAAAAAAGCCUAGUUACAUUCAGAAGGGAUAUACAGACAUUGACACAUUACAUUCUUGUCAUUAUGUGGAUAUUAGUGACGAUGGAAAAACCAUCGUUGGAUGUUGGUCAGUGAGAGGUCGGCGGGACGAGGGGUGGAGAGACACAUGUGGUGCACGACUUAUUUGUUUCAAAGUUACCACAAGUCAUUAUGAUAACACCAAAGGUGUAUGUUGGAGUAAGUUUGGAUUAAAAAUUCCAAGUAGUACAUACGGUGCAAAUCUGGUGAAGUCAAAUUUAAUGGAUAUAUGCGUCGAGCCGGUUAACGACAAUGUUACAUGUGCAUUGUAUGUUACGACGCAAACUAUUGUUACUAUGCAUAAUCGAUUUUCAACUUUAAGUCGAGUUUGCAUUGAGCCAGUAGCUGAAUUUUCCUCAGUUCAUGACUCAGCAGAAUUGCGUUUACCGUCAUAUAACAUGAGAUGGACAUGUCAGAAGUAUGUGCAUGCAUUAGCUUUUAAUAGAAAUCGAAUGGGAAUUGGAAUUGGUUUGGAAGAAAAUGCUUUAUUAUUGGAUAUUUCGACGGAACAAACUAUUCGUAUUAACAGUCUAAAAAGAAGUGUAAUGAGCCUAUCUUUUAGUGCGGAUGGAAAUUUAUUGUUUAUGGGUCUACUGGGUAAUAAUGUAAUUUGCUCUGAUUUGCGAAUGAAUAAUCGGGAGACUGUUGCGACCUACAAUGAUACUGAAAGUGUAGGUUGGCUGAAGACAAUGCGAACAAAACCUGAUAUGCUUGUUACCGAAGAUCAUGUUGGAAUUAUAAAAUUUUGGGAUAUUCGAGUGGGUAAGCCUCUGAUUAGGAUUGAAGAUAAUAUAAAUCCUUAUAAUAAAACACCGAUGCAUCUCGAGAAGGAUGAAAGGAUUCUCUUUUCAGCUACCUCAGAUGGAAUUACACGAGCUUGGUCAACUUACAAUGGAGAGAAGUUAUGUGAAUUCCCAAGUCAUGAUCCGAGGAAUUCAUCGCGAAAGCCAAAACUUGUUUAUGCAUCCAAUUGGGGCGGUUUCUCCGGCAAUGCUGCUAUUCUUAUAGCUACUGGAAGUGACUUUCAUGAUAAUUAUUAUGAGUAUUUAAGUGCAUGUCGUAAAAAGAAUAGCAAUACAUUAUAUACAAAUAGUGGUCUGAGAUGUGAAAAAGAUAUUCAGGUUGCGUUGGGACGAUUCCGUAAUGCUGUCAACGAGACAGGAUGGGGUAUUUUGGAAGUGGAAACAUUCAAUGAUGUCGAUGAAAUGACCCAAGCAUUUGCUGCUGGACUUCUUGAAGGUGUUUUAACACGACAAUUGAUAACAUAUCAUUUCCGUAAUACGGUAGAAGAAAUAUGUGAUGGCGAAGAAGAAUAUUGCAAGAAGCUUUUUGCUUAUUUAUCUAAAAAUUUGGAAUGGAUCAAGCGCACAGUGAAUUUAACAUUUGCCCAACUAACAGGAAUAAAUUAUGGAUAUUUGAAGAAAGCAUCUACCAUGUAUAAACCGAUAAUUUCGUUUGAACUAACACCAAUUUACAUGAUUCAACUUGCUGGUGAGGUCUUUGAUUUGGAAAAGGUAUUCGGCAAGAAUAAAACUGAUGCAACCCAUUGUUCCGGUUUGAUAAAAUUAGCUCCAGAUAAUGCCGACUUAUUCAUCGCUCAUGUUUCUAUGUCCAGUUAUGAAACGAUGAAUCGAAUUCUUAAAUUUUACAAAUUUGCAUUUGAUAAAGAAAAAGUACCCGGUUAUGCGACAUCUUUCUCAUCAUAUCCUGGUGUGCUAGCUUCAUUGGAUGAUUUUAUCCUUGCAAGCUCUGGAUUGGCAAUAAUUGAAACGACAAUAAGUAUAUUCAAUCAUUCAUUGUAUAAUGCUGUCAGAAGCGAUGGACAAUUACAUUGUUGGAUUCGUAGUAUUAUUGCUACAAAGCUUGCAAAUACGGCAAAACAAUGGAUGCAGAUAUUUGCACGAUAUAACUCGGGUACCUAUAAUAAUCAAUGGAGUGUACUUGAUUAUAAAUUAUUCAAACCGAAUGAAAAACUUCCAACCAAUAAUCUUUUAUGGGUUUUGGAGCAAACACCUGGACUAGUGAUUUCUCAUGAUAUGACAUGGUUCCUGAAGAAUUACACAUAUUGGCCAAGUUAUAAUAUUCCGUAUUUUAAAAUAAUCAGUGAAAUAAGUGGUUUCAAGGAAAAAGGUCAAUUAUUAGAUUGGUAUAAAUGGGAAAGCUGUCCACGUGCUAAAAUUUUCAAGCGUGACCAUCAUAAAGUUAUCAAUUUGGAUACUUUGCAAAAAUUAAUGAGAUACAAUGAUUAUAAGCAUGAUGAAUUCAGCAAGUGUAAAUGUAUACCACCAUAUUCAGCAGAAGCAAGCAUAUCAACACGUGGAGAUUUGAAUCCACCCAACGGUACAUAUGAAAUUAACGCAAUGGGUCAUCGGAAUCAUGGAAGCAUCGAUUACAAAGGAACGAACUAUCAUUUAUUCAAAAAUCUUCGUUUUAAAGCAUGGGGUGGACCACCUUAUGAUCCUCUUCCUGUCUUCAGCUGGGCUACAACAAAUAUUCAAGCAAAGCAUUAUGGUCAGCCAACGGUAUGGCAAUUCAAGGAAAUAGAAACACAAUGGGAAACUGUUCUACCGUAA